GUCGCGAGCGGUGUACAGUGUCUACAGGGCACAAUAGGUCACUUCCUGAUUUACUGACUGUCGGCAGUAUGUCCAAACACUUUCAAACAGCUCUGCUGCUCUUCCUCUCUUUACAUAACAACGUUUUGGGAGAAUAAAACGGCAAGUUAUCGCUACAGGUGGAAACAGCAACAGUUUUUCACUUUAUUUGAGAAAGAGCUGCACUGCACGCCGUCUCGCGGCAGGUGAAUUCAUCGAUGCGUAUGUUUUACUGGCACGUUUAUAUCGGUUUGAGGGUGUUUUAAAAUGGCGCUGGCAGCAUCAGAACAGGGUCGGCAGUGAGGAUGAAGGGGUGAUGGCGCACACACACCUGCAGCAGGAUCAUGGCAGAAGCAGAACACACGUCCAUUGACAGCAACACAAACUGUCAUCACAGUAAAGAUGGUUCACAAGUCUCUUCGGUCAGUGACUCCUCCUCCAUCCAGAUUGCCCCCAAGACUCUCAUCCAAAGCCAUCUCAACCAUCACAUGCCCUCAGACUCUCAGCCAAAACAUGUCUCUCUCAGCUGCAAGCCAUUCACUCCCUUUAUUGGCCAAUGUGAUGAGGAUCGCAGUAGCUUGGCCUCUCAAGACUCUGGUAUCCCCACCCUUGAGGUCAACCCUCCUGAGCAUAUCCAUGCUCGAGUCACCACUGCUGAGCUGGUUGUUCCACCUGCACACGAUGAUAAUCCAGCAACACUAAACUUGGAUGUCUCAGAUAACUCCUUACUUAAGUCUUCCACCUUCCCCCGUUGUGACUUUGACUCAGUGCGUCUCUACAGCGCAAGUGGACUCUGCAGUGGGGCAGGCAAGGGUACGUUGAACCGUAGUGAUGAUAUUUCAGUCUGCAGUGUGUCCAGUUUAAGUACUGAGUUUUCUGCCACAUUGUCAGUCAGUAAUGAGGACUUCCUAGACUUCAUGGUUACAUCAGAGUCCAGUGCCAUUGUUACAUUUGAGAAUGAAGAUGUCAUGCACCGUUCGGGCAUCUCACUGUCACCCCCCACUGACCUACACGACAAGCUGAGCAGCCCACAACGUCAGCCCGUGGGACUGUCAGCACCACAUGAGGCCAGGCCGAAAAGACUGGGUCCUCUUGCCAGCUUCUUCCACAGGAGGAAGAAGGACACUGACAUACUGGACAGUCAGAGAGAGCCUGGAUGGAAGCUGUUUGGUAAAGUUCCACUUAAAGAGGCUUCAAACAAAGAUCCCAGGAAAAUACAAAAGGAAUAUGAAAGGAGUGGACACACAGGCAAUCCCACAUCUCUCAAAAAGAAUGGAAGAAAGAACCUGGACUUUGAGCCACUUUCAACCACAGCACUUAUACUGGAGAACCGCCCGGCGAAUCUUCCAGCAAAGCCCGAAGAAGAGGCCCAGAAACACAGACAAGAAUAUGAGGAGAUGGUGGCUCAGGCUAAGAGGAGAGAGCUGAAAGACGCCCAGAAACGGAAGAAGCUGCUGAAGGACAGGUGUAAACUAGAGGAAACCAUUGGCAAUGCUGCUCUCACCUGGAAUCAAGAAAUACUGCCCAACUGGCAUAGCAUGUGUUCAACUAAGAGGGUGAGGGAUUUGUGGUGGCAGGGUCUACCGCCGAGUGUGAGGGGCAAAGUCUGGAGUCUAGCAAUAGGCAAUGAACUCAACAUCACUGAUGAGCUGUAUAACAUCUGUUUGGCAAGAGCUAAGGAGAAGUGGAAUACCUUUCUAGCUCCACCAGCUUCUACAGAAACAGAAUGUGAAGAUACAGGCUUGUCUCAUGCUGAUCGAGAGGCCAGUCUAGAACUGAUAAAGUUAGAUAUAUCCCGAACCUUUCCCAAUCUCUGUAUAUUCCAACAGGGGGGUCCAUACUAUGAUGUAUUACACAGCAUUCUGGGAGCCUACACCUGUUAUCGUCCUGAUGUGGGAUAUGUGCAAGGAAUGUCCUUUAUUGCAGCUGUGUUGAUCCUCAACAUGGACACUGCUGAUGCCUUCAUUGCUUUUGCUAAUUUGCUGAACAAGCCUUGUCAAAUUGGUUUCUACAGAGUAGACCACAGCCUUAUGUUGACGUACUUUGCAGCAUUUGAAGUGUUUUUUGAAGAAAAUCUACCAAAGCUAUUUGCACAUUUUAAGAAUAACAGCCUGUCGUCUGAUAUUUAUUUAAUUGACUGGAUCUUCACUUUGUACAGUAAACCCCUCCCACUGGACAUUGCAUGUCGUGUGUGGGACAUCUUCUGUCGAGAUGGCGAAGAAUUUCUCUUCCGCACAGCACUUGGUAUCCUGCUUCUUUACGAGGACAUUCUCGCACACAUGGACUUCAUCCACAUCGCUCAGUUCCUGACACGCCUCCCAGAGUGCAUCUCUGCUGACGAGCUCUUCUCUAGCAUAACCAACAUCAAUAUGAACUGCAAGAACAAGAAAUGGACACAAGUUUUUCAGACUUUGCAGAAAGGACAAGAUCGGGGCAGUCCACUACUGAAACGCUAAGGAAACAACCUCAUAUUUUACCUUAAAACUUACAGAGACAAACAGACAACCUCAUGUUCACUCUGCAUGGAUACUCCUGCUUACCUCUGGUACCACAUCAAGAAUAUCAAGAAUUUAGCGUGUUUGAAAUUCCAGUAGCCUCCUGUCUGUGUUCUGUUCCAUACAAACUGUUACUUUGGAAUACAGACUGAGCACACAGGAACCGUGCCAGACCUUAAACCACAUGUCACAUAAAUGUACACUAUCUGUAAAUCAGAGUUAUUGCUGAUGGCAGGUGUGAUCUGGUGAACGUGAGUUUGUAAAGCUCAACUCUGUUUUCUGUCUCUGUCCUCUCUUUAUUUGCACGCUAACCCUUUAUCUUUUCCUUUAUCCUUUUGUUUCCUUCAGCUCAAGCUUGGCCUUUAAAUUUAAGCAAAAUAAAUGUAAAGGUUUUGCUGUGAUUUUAUUUGAUGUUUGUUUUUUUUAUCUGUGGUUCAUGAUGUUUUUAGUAUUUGUGAAAAUAUGAAUUGACUUGAAAUAAGAUUCCUGGUCCCUUUUUCCUGACCUCUGUGUGUCCUUCAAAGCUUUUAUUGGCGUUCUUCCCUUGUAGUAUGUUGACAUCUCAAAGGGAGUUUUUGUGAACAAGCUGCAAGUUGUGAACAAAUUAGAGGUCGACCAAUAUAUUGGUUUUACUGAUGAAUCUGUGCCGAUAGUUGCUUUCGGUUAUUGGCAAAAAAUCUAUGCCGAUAGUUUUUUUUUUUUUUUUUUUUUUUUUUUGUAUUAUUAUUAUUAUUCUGUGUUCCUCUGUGGCCAAAACCCUUUAUCUGGUGAAUAUAUAGGCUACAAAAAUCUUAAUUUGGUGAAUAUUUACAUAUAGAGCAGUGUAAGGGAGCCAAGACUCUGUUACGGUCAAAAUGAUCUAUUGUAGAUAAAUGAUCAACUGUAUAUUAAUUACUGCAUACAGUAUAUAUUUGUACAUUUGACAAUGUUUACUUUAUGGUGAUUAUAUUUGUAAUACAUUAUAGAGGUACAUAAAGCCAUACAUUUCAAAAUAAGAGUCCCCAGUCCAUUUCAGGCUUGUUCAAAUUAAAAGUCAUGCAUUAUGCACCAAAUCUCAACUUUUUCUGGUUAUUAUUGGGAUUUUGGUUGCACAACAAACGCAUCUGGGAUUUUACUCAUUUUGGACUCUUGCAGCCUCUAUGUCUGUGCCCGACUAUAUAAGAUCUUUUUUUUAGCAUUCAAUAAAUCGAUUUUAAAAACUAUCGGCCAAUUAAUCGGUUAUCUGCCUUAUCCACCACCUUAGUUAUCGUAUCGGCAAAAUCCACUAUCAGUCGACCUCUAGAACAAAUCAUUAGAGGAACAAAUGCUUUUUGCACACUUAUGUAGAUUUUACCUGUUACAACAUGUAUCUGUAAUCUGUCCUUUCUCACAAAUGUUUUUAUUCAGAGAUUUGAGUGGAUGCUGAAAGAUAUUGGUGUAUUUGUGGAAUCGUUGCAGGACUCUCCCUCCCUCCCUCCCCCAUUUCUGUUACUGAAAUAUAUUGUGGCACUCUAAAAACCAAAUAUGCUGGAAUACAAACAAAAUGCUGUUUAUAGAAAGUUUAGUCAACAAUGAUGGGUUCAUUUUAGGUAUAUUAUACACAACUGAAAUGUACUAUAAUGUGGCUUUAACAUUGUGGUGUAACCUGGUUCAGUUCGCUUCACAGUGUUGAAGUGUUGAAAAGAGAGUAGGUGACAGAUGAGGCAGGAGUUCCUUUCACAGAUGAUUUAUGCUUGACAUCUCAUUUUACAAUUAGAAAAACUAGCAUUCGUGAAAUUUGCAGUAACUUUUUGACAUCUGGUUAUUCAAAAUAUAUUAAUUUGCACAAAUACCAUGUAACUUCAAUAGACUUUUCUAGGUUUGUUUUGAAAUAUUUGUUUGCUGUUUUUUUUUUUGUAAAUAACAUGCACUAAGGCAGCCUUAUUUAUGGGACCACACUGUAACAGCAAUAACUUUCAUUUUCACUUUAAGUUUAAAAAAGUGAAUGUAUAAUUUUAGUGAUGUCAGAACUGUAUUAAGUCAUUUGUGUUUUGUGGUAUCACAUUGUAUCUCCAAAUGCUUAUUUAUUAUAUUUGUUGGAAUAUACAUUGGAAGUCAUGAAUUAUAAUUUCUUUGAGAAACAGAGACCUCUUAAUUCUGUAUCCUCAAGAGUGUGUAUAUUCAGUAUAGUGUGCGUGUAUAAACAAACUACUGUGCAGAAUAUUGUUUAAAAUCAAAUAAUCGGAUUGAAAGCACUGGUUAACUUGCACUGUAAUGUUAAGGUGUUAUCAAAAUAAUAUGGUAAGAUUUCACUGCUUUGUGAUCAAUAUGAUGGAAGGAAAACCACCCACCACCUUUAUUUCUGGUGUAAACCACACUACUGCAAUAAGCUGUUUUGCACAUUUUCCCCCUUUUUUUAUUGAUUUUCAUGCUCACUUUUUUAUGCUGUCUGCUGUUUCAAGAUUUGUUUCUUCUUCGGUAGCACGUUAAUGUUGGCUGUUGGCAUUAUCAGUGUCCUCAAUUUAAAAGUGUCUGUGUCACUUGGAAAUGGCUGCCACUUUUCUUUGCCCUGUGCCCAUCAAACCUACGAUGCAAUGAUUUUUUAAGUAGCAUUCUUCUUCUUGGAUUCUAGAUGUGGGUUGUAUUGAUAUAACCAAAAAAUAUCAAAAAUGCAUAAUUUUAGCAAGAACUGCAUCAUAUACAUCCAGUUGUGCAGCUUAUCAAGGCUUCAAGUACAAUAACAGGAAUGAAGACAGUCUUAAUUGUAAUGGCAGUGCUGACAUGUGUACAAACACUUUAAAUUUAUGUCAUGAGUACUGAAGUGUGUACAUCAUAAACAUCCAGUCCAUUGUUCUAAAUGGCAUAGGGCAUCCAGGGACAUGACAUGAAAGCUUAUAAGCCAUAUAACAAUACAGACCAGUAAAUAAUGAAGUAGACCUAAACUUUAUGUUAGUGUUUCCUGAACAAUGCUUUUGUGGAAAUUGAAGGAACAAGAUAUUAUGAAGGCACUAUAAGUACUGUUUUAGAAUGACAAAUCAAGUGUUGACUUUGUGCAAGCAAUCCCACACUUGAAACUUUCAGAAUGAUUAAGCAUGCAUUGAUGCAGCUUGUUCAGGGAGUUAAAUACUGUAAUAAAACACUGCUUUUGAAGAAUCUAAAGGGUGAAAGUUUUUCAAACCAAUCACUAUCUUAUUUGAUCAUCUUUGUUCUUCUUUGUUUGUCCUUUUGUCAAAUAAUGCUGCCUUUGUUUGUUUUUGUUGUGUCAGUGGGGGUGGUAUAGAGAUAAAUGAAAAUAAAGUUGUAUGUAUACUUUA